AUGGAGGAGACGAAGAGAGUGAGACUUCAUGGAAUGUGGCAUAGCACAUACUCUAAGAGGGUGGAAAUGGCUCUCAAAAUUAAGGACAUACCUUAUGAGUAUGUGGAAGAGGAUUUAAGGAACAAGAGUUCAUCGCUCCUCCAUACUCCAAGGCUCCUGCCUGAUGAUCCUCAUCCAAGAUCCAAAGUUCGCUUCUGGGCUAGUUUUAUCCAACAACAGCUAUUUGAGUCCACGGGUAAAUUUAUCAGGAGCGAUGGCGAAGCACAGGAAAAAGCAAGAGAAGAAGUGCUUGAGAAAAUGAAAGUAUUUGAAGAGGGAAUUAAGGAAUUCUUUGCAGAGGAUAUUCGAACUAUUGAUGACACAAAACUGGGAUUUAUGGACAUUCUGGUGAGUACAACAUUUAGCUCUUACAAAGCUUAUGAACAAGUCCUUGGAGUCAAAGUUCUAGAGCCAGAAAAGAAUCCUCUGCUAUUCACAUGGGUGACAAGUUUGAAUAAGCUUCCUAUAGUGCAAGAGUUGCUUCCUCCCGAUGACAAGCUUGUGGCAAUUCUGCAGAGUAUUAGGCAGAAUGCACUCCAAUCUUCUAAUUAA